ACCUAGACUUCCCUUCUCAGCAAUCCCUGCCCUCCUCCCCAGCUCCUCCUACUCCUCCCUUUGCAGCCCCCACAGCUCCUCCCGCUCCUCUCAGGGCUCCUCCCUCUGCUUCCUGAGCUCCUCCCGCUCCUCUUCCCGGGCUCCUCCCGGCAUCUGCAGCGGCUCGGGGCAGGUGCGGGCCGAGCAUCGCCCCCAGGCCGCCGGGGGUGGGGGGUCCCCAGCGGUGCGCAGGGCUGGGCGGGGCCGGCAGCAGCUGCCAUGGAGCCGGCCCGGGAGCCCCCAGCCACGCGCCCACCGCCCCCAGCCGCCCGGCCCCCUGCGCCCCGGCCGCGCUCGCCCGCCGAGGAGGCCCGCGCCCCCGAGGGGCAACUGCGGCGCUCGGGCUCCGGCUACGCGGGCAGCACCAGCUGGAAGGCCGCGCUGGAGGACACCACGACCCGUCUCCUGCUGGGCGCCAUCGCUGUGCUUCUAUUCGCCAUCCUGGUGGUCAUGAGCAUCUUGGCAUCCAAGGGCUGCAUCAAGUGCGAGGCGCCCUGCCCUGAGGACUGGCUGCUCUACGGCAGGAAAUGCUACUUCUUCUCGGAGGAGCCGCGGGACUGGAACACGGGCCGCCAGCACUGCCACACCCAUGACGCUGCACUGGCUGUCAUCCAGAGCGAGAAGGAGCUGGAAUUCCUGUUCAAGUUCACGCGGAGGGAGCCCUGGAUUGGCCUGCGCAGAGUGGGGGAUGAGUUCCACUGGGUCAACGGGGACCCCUUUGACCCCGACACGUUCCCUGUCUCCGGGCCAGGAGAGUGUGUGUUCGUGGAGCCCACUCGGCUAGUGUCCACCGAGUGUCUGAUGACAAGGCCUUGGGUGUGCAGUAAGACUGCCUACACGUGAGCUGGGCAGCAGGGCUCCAGCCCCGGCUCUGAUGCCUGCCUGGCCGCUAGGGGGCGCUCCAGCCACACCCCAGGCUUCCCCGUCUACUCACCCAUCAGAAGCCGCUCCAGCCCUUUGCAGGCCUCCCCGCCCCAGGCAGGCCCUGAGGCUCGCCGUCAGACCCACAUGCUCUGCAGUAAUGUAGCUGCCUGUCCUUCCCCACAUUUCCAGCAGGUGGCGCCACUAUUUCAUUCCCUCAUUGCCUGGCCCUUUGAGGGAGAAUGGGAGCUGACACAGGGACACUUUUGCACCACCACCCCAGGUUCUCCUACUCUGGUCACUCAUCUCCCGGUUGCAUGGGGAGCGAGGGAGUCCCCACUUCCCUGCCUCUCUUGGAGAUCCCAGGUGGUCCCUGCGUGUCCAUGGUGCUCUUGUAUCGCUCACUGAUGGAAUAAAGAGACAGCUGUCCCCCAAGAA